UACAUUGUCCAUCGAUCCGCGCACGAAAUGGCUAUCUUCUGGACCAUGCACCAGGUUCACCACAGCUCUGAGUUUUUCAACUACUCGGUACCCUUCCGGCUUCCUCAUCUGCACGAUUUCGUUCAUUUUGGGUUGUUCUACGCUCCUCUGGCGCUGCUCGGAGUGCCAGUGCGUGUCGCCUUCAUCCACAAGCAACUCAAUCUCAUAUAUCAAUUCUGGACCCACUCUGAUCUCGUACCGAAGCUUCCCUGGCCAAUCGAGCUCAUUUUCAACACACCCUCGCACCACAGGGUACAUCACGCACGGCAGGCUAGGUACCUGGACAAGAAUUAUGGCGCCGUUUUCAUCGUCUGGGACCGACUCUUCGGAACUUUUUGCGAAGAAGACGACGCAGACGCCCCUUCCUAUGGGAUAACAGUGCCCCAGAGGUCACUCAAUGUCCUCACGUAUCAGGUGGCGGGCUCCAUCGAACUCUUCGAGAAAUUCAAGUCGAUGGAUGGCUGGAGAAACAAAGUCCAGUGUCUGAUAAAAGGCCCUGGCUGGGAACCUGGAUCGCCCUGGACUGGAUUCAUCGAUAAGGUACCGGUUCCGGACCCUCAAGACAAGCCUGUUUUCAAAGAACUGUCCACGUUCUGGGAGGCUUUCCUCUUCGCUGACCUAAUCAUGAUGUAUCUGGUAUUCAUCAUGUUCCUGUGCCGCUUCGACCAAAUCCCACACAGCUCUUUCUAUCUGCUGAUAAUUGUAUUGUAUUAUCAAGCUCACUGUGCGGCUAAAACGUUGGAGGGUGACGUGGCUGCCGCCGGACUGCAGGCACUGAAGUUCGUCGGUUUGAGUUUCCUGGUUCCUUUUGGGCGGUCUAUCUUCAGCAAGGUGUCGGCUCUGGAGUAUAUGAUGCUGAAUAUUGCGGAACUCCUCGGAUUCUCGAUGUUCCUGUCACUGGGCUUAUUCAUUGUGAUGAACUACAACGCUAAACGAAAACUUCAGUGA